AUGUCUUUCCUCUCUUUCAUUUAUGUCCUUCUUUCUCUCUCUUCUUCUCCUCUCUUUUACCCCUCCCUCUUUUUCGCUCUUUAUCUUUUACCCCCCCUCAUUUUCUCUCUGUCUAUUUCUUUCGCUCUCUCUUCUCCCUUUCUUUAUUCUCCCUCUCUCUCUCUCUCUCUUUCUCUCCGCCUUUCAUUCUUUCUCUCUGCUCCCUCACUCUUUCUCUCUCUGUCACUGUUCUGUUAUUUUCUGUCUACCUCUUUCUUCUUGUCCUCUUUCUAUUUCCUCUCUCACUCUCUCUCUCUCUCUCUCUCUCUCUCUCUCUCCUCUCUCUCUCUCUCUCUCUCUCUCUCUCUCUCUCUCUCUUACUCUCUGUGUCCAUCUUUCUCUCUUUUCUUCCUCUCUUUUUGUCUCGGUCUCUCUCUUCUCUCUCUCGUUUUCUCUCUUCCUCUUUUCUCCCCCUCGCUUACUCCUUUUUCCCCCUUCUCUCUUUCUAUCACUCUCUUUUCUUCCUCUACCUUUCUCCUUGCCCCUCUCUUCUCUUUGUCUCCCUCUUUCUCUCUCUCUUCUCUCUCACUUUUGCUUCACUCCCUUACUCUCUGUCUCCCCCUUUCUCUCUGCCUCCUCCUUUCUCACUCAUCUGUCUUUGUCUCUCUCUCGCUCUUACUUUUCUCCCUCUCUUUCUUUCUAUAUCUCUCUUUCUCUCUCUCUUUUCUCUCUGUCUUCUUAAUCUCUCCCUCUCUCCCUCCCUCUCUCUCCCUUUGUCUCGUAUACCUUUAG